AAGCUGCAAAAGGUCGCCGCAUUCAGCCUUCCCUCGUGAUCCCCCAUCGCCCCGACGUUCAUCACUUCUGAUGCCCAUGCUGCAAAACACGCAGCAGCAGCGGCAGCAGCAGGAGGAGGAGGAGGCAGAUCGGUACGACCACCCGGUUUCUUACCUCUUCGUCGGCCGCCGGACCUUGUUUCUGCUCAGCAUAGAGGACACAUUGCGGCUGAGAGGCACCUGCAGAUGGCUGAGAAACCUCUUCAGAGCGCCUCAGCUGCGGCAGCGGCUCACCCACACCCUCAGUACACAGACGGGACUGCUGUGCUUCGACGAUGAGGAGAUGGGUGUGGCCGAUCUGCUGGCGGCUGUGAGCGUGAUGGAGGUGGGGGGCGACUGGUGUGAGGUGCGGGAGGCCCUCGAGCUGGCGGAGCAGUGUGGGUAUUGUCAGCUGCCGGUCGUCCUCACUGCCGCUGACCUCCACCGACACACUAACAUGGCGGUAAGGCACAUGAGAGAGAGAGGCGGGGAAGGGAACAAGGAUCGGCUCAUUAUUGUGUGCUGUCAUCGUGUUCUUGUGUGUGGCGUCUGCGUGUGUGCAGGCGUAUUUGGCUGGGCCACGUGUGUUGGCUCAGCUCAAGAUGGUCGGCCAUUAUAUUGGCUUCCCCAACAACGACGCAACUUUCGAGCUGUUCCAGCAUGGCGAUCAGCUGCGGGCGAUUAAGGACCAGAGUGGCUUCGAGCUGACAAUUGACCCACCUCUCCCGGCCAACCACCUCUACCAGCAGCGCCGCCUCGCCCACAACCCGCCCGUCAGCAGCCGGUUUGGGUGGAACAUUUUUGAUCGUUGGCGCGGCUCACGUGGUCAUCAUGAGGCCAUCACGGAUCCUUCGGUAUCGUCCUUUGUUAAGAGGAACAUCUUCGAGCACUUUUUCCGCAGUCGUGGGACUUCGUCGAUUGGCGGACAAAUCACCAGGUCAGGCAGCUGAUGAGGUUGUGUGUGUGUGUGUGUGUGUAUGUGUGUGGGUGCUUGUCGGCGGAUGAUCAGGGAAAUGGGGGAUGAUCGGCUGCAUAGACUGCUCGAAGAGUCCCCACACGAGCCGGUGGACAACUGCACUCUGGCCAUCCCAUUCCAUUCGGACAAUUGCCUGCAUUACUAUCUCCGGCUGACCCCCGCCGGCCACCCAUUCCUCACAAUGAUCAGCAUGUCAUCGGAGCCCAAUGACAGCGGUCAGCGGUGCUAAAUCACACGAGAGAGAGAGAGAGUCGAUAUGCCGGUAAACCAUUCUUUUCUUCUGUCCUUCUCUCGUUGACCUGUCUGUCUGUCUGUCUGUCUGUCUGCAGUGGUGGCUCUGCUUUGGACAACCGAGCGCCCUGUCGUCGCCCAGGGUGGCUACAAGGAUCUCCACCAACAGACCGCCGCCCUGGCACCUGUAAUGUUGGGGCCUGUGAUCGCACCGAUCAUCCUAGGUGGCUGACCAGUGAGUGUGGACAGGACAGUUGUGGUGAUCCAUAUGGCAGCGUAGGCAGCGCAGAGAACUGGCAGGCACGAGUUGAGCAAGGGAAUGAGACAACGGGCUGAGAGGAGAGGAGACGAAGCAGACAGACAGACAGACAGGCAGGCAGGCAGGCUGUGCGUGUGUUGUCUGAUCAUCCAUGUGUGUGAGAGCAAGUGAUGUGGUGCUGAGGGCCUGUUGACGGGAGAGGCGCGGUGCGUGUGUGAGAGAGCGAGAGGAGUGCGAGUGGAUGACGCAUGCUCUGCUGACUGCGACUGUUGUGUGCCACUGUGUCGAUCAUGCACAGGGUGCUUCUGCUCGUGCGUGUGUGUGUGUGUGUGUCUGAGUCUGUCGACUCGACGCUAUGGGUCUCUCUGUGAAUGCCACUUUAUUGAUCAUGCCGCCCCAGACCUGCGCACAUAAGGAG